AUGUACGUGGCAUUUUCGAUUUCCACGUUUUGCUCGUUUGGUGUGAUUUCGAGUGUUUUGGUGGCGAUGGCGCAACUUUUUCGGGAGAUGGAUCAGAUUGAGAGAGAGGUAAGUAAGUUUCACGUGGAUUUUUGAAGCUAAAAUUUACUGGAUUUUGAGUUCAAAUUUGCCACGUGGAUUUCUAGCUCCAAAAAUUGAAUUUACAAAAUUCCACGUGGCACCAAAAAUCAUAUUAUUUGAUAUAAAAUAAUGGUUUGAAACAGUAACUUGAAAAAAUAACUUUUUUUCUCAAAUCAAUUGAAAACUAAAAAAAACCUUAGCCAGUUUUUUCUUAUCAAAAUUUUGAAACAGUUGAUUUUUGAAAUAAAUUGUCAACUUCUCUGAAUAAAAAAAAUUCCACGUGGAUUUCCAGCGCCAAAAAUAAGAUUUCAAACUCCCAAAUUUGUUUCCAGGUAUCAGAAAGUGUAAAAUCAUUUCAAGAUAUCACAUCUCCCGCGUGGCAGGACAUAAUCUCUCUCCAAUUACACAGUCUUCCACCAUCCCGUGCUCCUCGAAGUCCCUUCGAAGAAUAUCGAAAAUCCUCCAAGAAGCGUCAAACCUAUUCAGGUCUUCCCUCAUGGUGUCAAUGCGAACCGAGUCGGCCACAAUGUCCCCCGGGACCUCCGGGUCCACCCGGUUCCCCGGGAAAUCCGGGAAGACCCGGUGAACGUGGGCAGCCGGGACAGGACAAUCAGCAGAUCUACGAGCCGAUUCAUUGUCCACAACCGGAUCGAAGUUGUAUUCGAUGUCCAGUUGGUUUGCCAGGAUAUCCGGGAAGAGAUGGGCAACCGGGUGAACCUGGGCCACCCGGAAGACCGGGUGCUCCUGGCUUACGUGGAAAUGACGGGAAACCGGGAAGACCGGGAGAAAUUGGUGGAAUGGGAGGAAUUGGAAGACCUGGUCAAGAUGGAAAGCCUGGAAAUCCGGGGAGAGAUGGAAAAAGGACACAUGGAAUACCGGGAAGACCGGGGAGAAUGGGAUAUCCUGGGAAAGAGGGAGCACCCGGGUUUCCGGGAGAAGAAGGACGGCCCGGGAUUCCGGGAGCACCGGGUUUGGAAGGGAAACCGGGAUAUCCUGGAGGACCUGGAUUGGAUGGAAGUCCUGGACAACCUGGAGGACCGGGGAUUCCUGGACCGGAUGCUGGAUAUUGUCAAUGUCCGAAUCGGGGAAGUUAUCAACAAAGUUAUCCGUAUUUGAAGAAUCGGAAGAAGAGUGCUUGA